UGGCAUGCACAACUGCGCCUAUCCGCAGGGUUUUCCCGACACAGGCCUCCGGCGAUCGGAAAGAUAGUUAUCAGAACUCAGCAAAACCGCCUGCCGAGCAAUUCGCACCGCUGGCAUCCCAAUUUGGCCGCCGGUUGCUCCUUGGAACAGGGUCAGCUGCUCUAGUCGCCGUCGGGGCGAAUUUCGGCGGAAUCACCAGCUUCCUUCUAGGCUUGUCGCCGGGGACCGGCCGGGAUCUCAAAUUGGAUGUGGUUUAUCCGAUCGGGGGGUACAGCCGUUGCAUCGAAGCAAGCGAAGGAUUCGGUCAGCAUUGAGUGAAUUUGAUGAAUUUCUCCAUUUCCCGUCUCUGUUUUCGUUUUCUCCUUCUUCCGUUUAGUUUAAUUUCCCGUUUAUUGAUGGACGACAGAGUUCAUAUACCCGGCGAAUUGGGUCGGAGAUCAGACGCUUCUGUACCGCGCCGCCGCGAAAGCAGAACUAGAGCGAUCGCUCGACCCGCCACCUCUGGAAAUUCGAGGUCCGCGAGGAGAAGGAGUAGUGUUAACGAGCCGGUGAUUGCGUUUGGCCCGCCCGGUUCGACCGGAGAGCUCAAUGUCAGCGUCAUUGUCUCCCUUGUUCCUCCGGAUUUCAAGAUCGAGGCUUUUGGAGGGGCGGAGGAGGUCGGCGACGCCGUGGUUCGGGCGAUCACUGGGUCGGCACGACGCCCAGAGGUGAAGGGAACUCUGAUACAGUCAAGCCUAAGAGAGGACAGACUGAGCAAUGUGAACUACUACGAUCUGGAGUUCAGAGUUGAGAGCCCUUCAUUCCAUAGGCACAAUGUAGCAGUCUGUUGCGCUCGCGGCGGCCGGUUGUUUACCUUGAAUGCUCAGGCGCCGGAAUCAGCCUGGACCAACGUUAGCAAAGACUUCCGACAAAUCGCCAAAUCGUUCCGUCUAACCUCUUGAUGAUCAAACAACGACAGGAGAGGCAUUUCUACAAUUGUUCAUCUUUGAUGUAUAAAACAUGCUUACACUGAACUAAAUAUUGAGACGAC